AUGGCCCAGACAGAGGAGCCGUGGUUCAUCAAACUCCACGACGAAUGGAUUUCUUCCAAUGGCAGUGAAGAAGGGGUUGUUGAACAUGAUUUUGCUAUCAUUAUCAAGGACUUGCUUCUGGGUAAAAUCUGCCCGGUAGACGCUGCAAAGGUAAUUGACACCUACUACUGGGACAGAAAUCUCGACUCGGGCCCUCUCUUCAAAUACCAUCCUGAUGGAGUAGGAGGGGUCGAGGGAGCGCUCUAUGAAAUCAUCCUUGAUGCGGUUGAACUUCUCUCCUAUAAAGAUAACAGGCAAGAAGAUCUAGCGCAUCUCGUUUUAGAACUGCAUAGGAUUCCGCCAAAGCCUUUCAAGCGCUGGAAUGGCGAUCUAUUUGUGACGGAUACUCUCUUUACCGAGAGUCUCUCAAACCGUUGGCGUGAUGCUUACAUCUGGUUUCUACUAACAUAUCAAGGACACGAAAUAACCUCGGAAACUAUGAAGGAAACAUGGGUAUCCCUAUCAUCCUUUAUCGCACGGUGUAUCGAACUCCGCAUCGAAAGCCACGUCCCAGAUAGUGACAGGUAUCCUCUUAUUGAGAUCACCAAAGGUCUGGGGGAGAAUCUUUCCCCAGGGCUUGAGCGGGACACACGGGCUAUGGUCGCUGCCCAGUAUAUCUUGUUGACUCCCACCCUUGUCAAUGAUAAGCUGGCUAAGUUAUCAGGAGGGCGUGACAAACCAUCGGGCUCUGACAUUCUCAAGCUGUGGAUAGCUAAACUGAAAGAACUGGCAGAGAACGGGAGCCUAAACUCCGAGGUGAAGGCUGCUGUUGUCGAAGCUAGGCAGAAGCUCCUUUCUCUGCAUCCAGAGUUUUUCCAGGACUGA